AUGCAGGACCGGGUGUUUACGGUGUCGAAAGCGACGCCGGAAAUCUUCUUGCAGAAGAAUACUUUCACGGUCACCGCAAGUGAACUGCGCACGCCCAAGCCUGAAGUUAACUAUGACAAGAUCAAAUUUGUCCAGGAAGAUCCACUGGGCUGUACCACGGAUGCUUCCGUGGAGGAUUCGCCAUCCCCCGUUGCCAGCAUUCCAGAGACACAUCCCCAGAGGGAUCGUAUAGAUAGUGCAGUAGUCCUCACCGGUGAGAGGAAAGAUAGUGAUAGAAAGGAUAACCGAAUUGACUUGAAUGGGCAUUAUGGUGAUGGGGGUAGUAUUCAUCAUGAUACUUUGGACUUAUCACACUGGGAUGGAGGCCUGAACAUAUCGCCAGAUGGAACUCCUCACCAGGACAAGGAUGAUGCUGUCCAAGGCCUGCUAGCUCUAGGAGCAACAGCUGGACCGAACGGUGUUGUACCGGAGUCGAACAAUUUGUCGCUGCUCAGUCCCAAUGUCGCAAUAUCGUCGCUGAUGAAUCCCCAGCCCUCGGAGGUAAAGGAGCUUGCACUGCCAACAGUACCUACCGGACUUUUGGACGAUCCCGGACAUACGAGUAUUACGGAACUGUCUACCUCUAUAACUAUGAGUACCGGCAUUGAAUCGGAAUCUCGCAAGCUGGAACUUCUCCGUCAUUACCGGUACCAUGUUGCUACUUGGCUUGACAUUUGCGAUUUGAGACACCCAUUCGGAAUUAAUGUAAUUCAAAUGGCAACGAGAUCCGAAAAACUUCUCUCUGCGAUAUUAGCACUUUCAGAAACGUGCAUCAAUCAACGGGAUCGCUGGAACAGAGCAGGUCUUGAGCAGCUGACCCUUCGAAAGGGCAACCUAUUAGACCAACUGGACCAUGAUCAUCCUGACUUCACGGAGCUUAUACUGCUAUGCCUUCUCGAAGAAGUUCGAGGUCUAGUCACAGAUAUUCCAAAAGCUUGGGUCGACUGGGUGAAUAGAGAUGUCCCCUUUGUAAAUCACUUGGUUCAGCAUGCUUACAGUAAGCACAUUGAGUCGACCGCUUACUGGAUGUUUUUACGUAUAGACUUAGGAGUGGCGCUCGCUAACGAUAUCCCCCUUCGAACCCCCCUCCCGAUGCUCCCGAUCCCUAGCUUAAUAUUGUUAUCUCGCACCGAGGAUCUUUGGCCUUAUGCCAUCAAGAAGCUAUACCACAACCUCUUGCGACUUCGCAUGAGGUGA